GGCCUCAGUCAGUUGCAGAAGUGUGGCGGGGACACAGCGCGUGGUUUUAGUAUAGCUGAACGCGUGGAGAGUAUUAAAUUUUUUUUACUUCCUCGUACAAAUCAUAGCUAAGUGAAAAAUUAACCAGAUAAGGAUAAUUGUUAAACCAUCAAAUGGCUGAGAAAAUAAAGAGAAAAGAUGCUUCGACCGACACGGUGCAGGAGGCCAUGGGGCACUACGGACCGUGGCACAUCAUUAUAGCUGUUUCGCUGUCCCUCGUUACAUUCCCAGUCGCCUGGCAUCAGCUCACCAUCGUUUUUUUAGCACCUCCGCCAAUUUUCAACUGCAUAUCACCAGAGAGCCUCGAUAAUACGACAAUGCGUUGCGAAGUUACCGUUGCCAAUAACGUAACGGAGAAAUGUACUGCGUUCAAAUACGACAAAUCCAUAUUCGAGGAAACUAUCAUAACGCAGUGGGAUUUGGUUUGCGAUAGACAACCAUUGGCGAACGUUGUUCAGACGGUCACCAUGUUUGCGGUGCUGAUUGGAAACAUGGCAUUCGGGAUGCUAGCUGACAGGAUAGGCAGGAAAAUUCCGCUGGUGAUCGCGGUGCUGCUUCUGUCUCUGACAGGAUUGGCCAGCGCUUUUGCUCCCUAUUACGAACUGUUUUUGGUGUUGAAAUUUCUCGCUGCACUGGCGACCGGUGGUUCGAUGCUGAUAAGCUUUGUAAUAAUCAUGGAAAUCGUCGGCGUCGAGUGGAGGCCGAUGUGGUCGGUUUUGUUCCACCUUCCGUUUAUCACUGGAAACUUGAUAAACGUCCUGAUAUCGUACGCCACUCGGACCUGGUAUGGUUUUCAAAUCGCAAUAUCGGUACCCCCUAUAUUGCUGCUGUCCUAUUACUGGGUUAUUCCCGAGUCUCCUAGAUGGUUGUUGGCGGUCGGUAGGGUCGACGAGGCUCAGAUAAUACUCACGAAAGCAGCGAAAAGGAACAAAAUACCUUUCGAAAAUGUUAAAAUCGCUAUCGAGUCGUACAGCGAGUCGAAUUCGAGGGAUGCCCAGGCUGUCACGGAGAAGUACAGCAUCCUUCAUCUAUUCAAAACGCCCAAUCUUCGAGUUAAAACACUUUGCGUAUGCGCCAAUUGGCUUUCCUGCGGUAUCUGCUUCUUUGGACUUACUCAAUACGUCGGCACACUCAGCGGCGAUAUAUUUGUCAACGUUGCCGCUGCUGCCUCGAUGCAGCUGCCGGGAACGGUUUUGGUCCUGUUUCUCAUCUCGAGGGUUUCUCGCCUGAAGGUGAUGAUAGGUGGUAACCUUUUGUCAGGCCUCAGUCUGCUCCUUCUCGUUUUCAUAUCAAACUCAACGGCUCGGGUUACUCUAGCGACGAUUGGACUCGUCGGGAUGUCAAUUAGCUUUCCCACCGUUUACCUUUACAGCACCGAAGUAUUUCCGACUGUCGUUAGAAACGUGGGACUCGGUUUGGCCAGCGUUUCCUCUAGGAUAGGCAGCAUGGUUGCUCCAUUCAUCGCGACUAUGGAUACCGUUCAGCCCUGGUUGCCUCCCUUGUUAUUCGGCAUAGGGCCGUUGAUCGCGGCAGUAUUGUGCUUAUUUUUGCCGGAAACUAUGGGUUGCGAAUUGCCGGAAACUAUCGAGGACGGUGAAAAAUUUGGCAAACGUUUUUCAGGAAGGAAAGAUUCUCUGUGUCGAGAAAUACGCAAGCAGUCGAUUCGGAGUUACACCUCGUGAGAUAGUGAAGAAUUUCUCUUGUUUUUCCAUUUU